AUGUUUUUGAUUGUUUGUAUUUUUUUAGCUCUCCCAGAGGUACCCACAGAAGCUUACGCAAGCAUAGCUGCUGAAUUGUCAGGCCUACCAACCACCACAUCACACGAUUCAGACAACGCUCUACGCAGUACCAUUAUACAGCGUGCAGGGGGACAGCGUUUUGGAUUGUCUGUGUCGAGUGUGAAUCGGAACAUACACAUUGCGCUGGUGCUCAAGGGGUCACCUGCCGCAAAUGCUGGGCUGAGAGUGGGGGAUAGACUGCACGAGUUCAAUGGCCAGAGG